AUGGGAGACCAUGACCUUUUGCAAUCCUCUCAUUUCACUGUGGACCGUUUGCAUAAUCAGUUCUGGCAAAGUUGGCAUUUUCAAUGUCUUAAAUGGUCUGUCAAUCCUGCCUCGUUUAGUUGCGUUGCCGUCUGUACCAGAUGUCGCGCAACAACAAGCCUUCACCACUUGCAGGAGGUUAAUCAUGUCCUGGUUGGCACCCACAAUCGCGUCAGUCAACUGGUACCGAGUCGUCUGAUGUUGGGCUGUCGGGCGCAUCUGACCCUCUCGGCGGAGGCCAUAGCGACCCCUGCCUCAGUAGAAAUCAUUCAUUUUCGCCUCAUUUCGCUUUAUCCGUCUGCUUCAUAUGCGACUCAUCGCAAUUUCUAG